UUUGCAUUACAUGUCUGGGUUUUCAUGAUGCUACGCACAUUGCGGGGCGCCUCACGAACAAUAGGCUUCACCAUAGUACUUGCACUUCUCUUCUUUCAGACAAAAAUUAUUCUAUGUGAUCGAUCUUCAGCAACAAGGCUUGAUCUCGGGAAUUCCCAUCACGGGAAAGGCCAAGAUGCCGUGGAUUGGUCGCGAUUUGCGUACUCGCAAUAUGCCACCAACACUGCUUACUUGUGCAACUCAGUCAUGAUUUUUGAGACUUUACAUCGCUUGCACAGUAAAGCUGAUCGGCUCUUAAUGUACCCGUUGAGUUUUUCGGCUGAUGAGAAUGAAAACGGGACGGAGAGCCGAUUACUUCGCAAAGCCCGGGAUGAAUAUAAUGUGAAGCUAGUGCCUGUACGCGUCCAAACGGGAAACAGAGAAGACCCUACGUGGUCGAAAAGCUUUACAAAACUCCUCGCUUUUAAUCAGACGCAAUAUAGUCGCGUUCUUAGCUUAGACUCGGAUGUUACCAUGUUACAACAUAUGGACGAAUUGUUCUUUUUGCCUCCAUGUCCUUUGGCCUUCCCUCGAGCUUACUGGCUGGAUCCUGAUCAUCGCGUUAUGACCAGCUAUCUUAUGAUAAUUGAGCCUUCUGAGCUCGAGUUUGACCGCAUCGUAACUGCUACUGCAACAUCACAAACAUCAGACUAUGACAUGGAGAUCGUGAAUGCCAUCUACAGAGACCAUGCGCUCAUCAUUCCCCACCGACCCUAUACCCUCUUGACAGGAGAGUUCCGUGAGGUUGUCCACGCCAAGUAUCUUGGGAGUUCACGCGAAGUUUGGAAUCCUCAAAAGGCUCUUAUGGAAGCAAAGACCGUCCAUUUCUCCGACUGGCCGGUUCCAAAGCCUUGGGUUGAUUUCCCUUCCAACGCUAUGAAUGAGCACAAGCCUUCUUGCCAUUGGAACGUAACAAGCGGUGGAGAUGAUGACUGUCGCGACCGCGAUUAUUGGCUUGGAAUCUACUUUGAUUUCAACAACAGAAGAAAGGUAUGUGGCUUUGCUGCGGCGCUGUUUGAAGCAUCAGCUGACCGAUUCAGAAUGUCUGCGGUGACAUUUACGGGCUACCCAAUUCCGAUCCAGGCAACAAUGCUUGUGACAUUUUGCCCUGAGCUCUGGCUUGAUUGA